GUCUUUUUGUGGUUGUAUCUCUUCAUGAGUUUUGGUUUCAAUUUCACUCUUGGUUUCGUAAAAAAAGCAACAUUACUUGCAGACAAUAUGAGACCAGGAAAAAGGGCCCCAACAAAUACACCCUCUUUCACUUUUUUGCUAUAAAAGCUGCGAAUUUCAAUAGAAAUGACAUCAGUAUCUGUUUUCGUUUCUUUGGAACAUCAAGUCAACAAAAAAAAAAAAAAACAAAAAAAUACAUCUCAAAAUGAUUAGCUUGGUUGGAAUUUUCAUCACCCUCGUGUCUGUGGCUGUUGCCCGACCUGGACUUCUUCAAUCGCAAACAUCGUUAGAAACCAUUGGAUCGAUUGUGAAUCACAUCCCCACAUCAAUCACCCACCAAAGUAGGACGGAAAUUCACAACCAACAGCCGGUGAUUAGCCAAAUCAUUGCACCAGUUUUACGAACGAUUCCAGUUCAGACAAUUUUGCAAGAAACACCAAUAAUUGCGUCACAAAUUCAAUCGUCAGCAAUUCUCGAUCAGGAGCAACAAUCACAGACUUUGACUGGUGAGGAGUCGAUUGUUGGAGAACAGUCGGCUGUUAAUGACCAAAGGGCAACAAUUCUUCAGAACCAAGGUUCAUUGAUUGGAGGACAAAGAAUUAUUGUUGGUGAAAAUCGUGCAUCGCUUAUUAAUGACCAAGAUACAAUUGUUCGUAGUUCGGGAUUGUUGACCAAUGCUAUUAAUGCUUCUGGGUUACAAUUGAAUGGGAUUAAAGUUCUAAGCAAAUAAGUUGGUAUAAAUGAUAUCAAUUGUAGUUUCAAAUUUUUUUUUAUACCUAAAUAAACUGAAAAA